AUGGCCGAACUCCGUCCCGAUCUUACCCCUCAUUCCCGUCCUCGCACAACGUCGUCCAAGUCGCAUCGCACAUCCCUUCGGACCCUUCACCGCGAGCGUCCGGUCCCGACCAUCCGCAUUGAGCACGACCGCUCUCACUCAGCACCUAUGGCUAGGCUCAGGUCCACUUCUACAAACCUCCCGACGCGCCCUCGUCGCCUCACCGAACCUGCGGGGCCCACGCCACACCCGUUCAGCGCGGCCGCAUGCACCCAGCGCGCAGAUGUAGCUCGCUCGCUGGGCGAAUUCCAGCGCCAGAACAGCCCCACACGGACAGUCUCCGCCCCUGGAUACCUGCGCACAAAGGACUCGGCACGUGACAACGGACCCAUCCCCGUAGUUCUGACGGCGGCGUCCUCACCUACCGUCAAGGCCACCCCGGAUAGCGUCCCUCCCAUGUGGUCACCUCCUCCCAUUGGAUCUGCUGAGCGCGCCAUUAUCUGUCCCUUUGAACCUCAGUGGAUCCUCUCGCCACUCUCCCCUACGUUUCCUACCCUUCCAGGCCCCGGGCGCAGAGAGAAUCACGUCAACAAGCAGAGUCGUGCGGAACGCUCCAAGUCGGCGACGUACGGUAUCCCCCCAGUCACCCUGAAGAAGGGAUGGUUCCGCCGCCGUCUCUAA